AAUCUACGGUUACACCACCGGGACGGACAUGAACAACGUCCCGCGCGUGUCCUCCGCGGGCUACCGGCUACCGGAACGAGCCAACGGGACCGGGCCGAGGACGAGCGCGGUGCCGCCGGCGGACAGGACGCGUCACGUCAGAGGAGACGGCGCGGUGCCCGUGCGGUCCGAUCCAGAGACGGGAGACCCCGUUAAACAGGACCGAGUGUGGAAGGAGGCGGUGUGGAGCGAGAGGAGGGGGGCGCGCGACUGGGAGAAGAACUGGAACUUCCUCAGGAACUAUGAUCAGAUGGGGCAGCUGAAGACCGAGGAGCCUUUACCCAGCUACGUGUCUCUCUUCUCCGAUCGCGUCCCCAACACCACCAACCAGAUGUUCGGCAGCAGACUCUCCACUCCUCUGGGGAGCGACCUGGUCAGACUGGACAGGAUGUCCCUCUGGUCCGGGAUCCACCACAAGUGCAAGCAGGACCCAGAGAUGCUGCCCUGCUAGACCCUUUGAAGACGGGUCACAUUUUCCACCUGGACUCAACAAAGCUGGGACUGCACUGUAGUUAUGUGGAGCUUAGAUGGGUUUGGCAUGGUGGGACGCCCGCCAUAGCUCAGCCCCAGUGAGUUCAGAGUGGAUGUUGUGUUGUCAUUUUAAUGGAGGGUGAAUAUGAAGUCAAAUACAGACAUCUACUUUGAAGCCAUAUCAGGUGGGGAGUCAGGACCUAAAUCUGCAAAUUAACCAGAUGUGCAAUCUUCCAUUGAUCAUUUUUUUAUAUAUAUAUGUGUUUACAUGCAAAGAGUCCAAACGUUAAUGUUGAAUGCAUUUGCUUGCCGAAGAAGACAGGUGAGACAGGGAAACACCAGCAGAUCAGAUUCACGUCACCCGAGCUCCUUCAGGGGUUUCAAUCCGUUACUUGAUAAUCAAACAAGAUACCUGAUCAAAUUUGGAUGAGUGAAAGGUUGUAUCACUACUACAGCACAUUUAUUUGUGCACUCAAAUUGGGACAAGGGACCAAAAAAAACUCUAGCAUACAGUUUGAAAACAGCUGUGUGUUAAGAGUUUACCAUAUGAGAAUGGUACCCGCUGAUGCUAUCAGAAUAUAUUCUGUUUUUGUAGGUCAAUCGGUUUUAUUUGAUUUUUGAUUUUUGAUUCAAUUUUUUAAAAGCUGUUACAUAUUGUUACAUGUUUACCAUGAGCUCUAAGCCACGGGUUCCACGGUGGAAGCUUGUAAUUAUAUUCAUUUAAAUUGUGUGAUUUUGUGUGGUGAUGUAGUUUACACUCAUCUGCACUUUAACGUGAGCGGCAGCAUAUCUCAGGUUGCUUUAAAAAGAACGCCACUCUGUAUAUAGUUAUGUUAUAAACUGCCCCUUUGGUCUAAAUUUGAAAAAACAAAUGUUGGUCCCCAGUGAAUUUGAAAUGCUUGUAUGGUCUGGAUUGAAGUCUCAAU